UUUUAGGAUGCCCCUGUAAAUUACGAGUUCUUUUGGUGGGUACGACUAAAUGUUCAAGCGAUAUAUUAAUUAUAUAAUUGGUAAUUGUGAUGGAAUCCUUCACAUGAGAGAAUGUUGUGCGUUCCAGAGAAUCAAAGAGCUGUUUGAUAUGAGUGAACCACCUCAGAAGAAAAGAAAAACCAUCUUAGAUUUUUUCCGCAGAAAAGAAAAAGGUAAAAAAGAGACAGGUACAAAUAUGGAGGAGAAGAGGGUACCUACUCAAAGUCAUGGCACAUCCCAAUCUGUCAACUCAGAGUCGGGGAAAAACAAGGCCACCCUAUUGGAUAAAAGUUCUGGAUUCAGUAACAGUGGCACAGAUCAUGCAAGUAGUAUCAAGAAAGCCCAGAUUCCCGUGGGCACCCAAAGCACAUUUGUACCAAGUGGGACCUCAGGUGCAGGCACCUCAACAGCUGGGACCUCUGUGUUAGGAGGAACCUCGGUAAAACCUGGCACCUGUCGCUCUGACUCCCAGACCAGUGACUAUAGUGAUGGAGACCCGACACAGGAAUACUCCCCAGAUCUGUUUGAUUCAGAAUUUAAUGAUUCACAAGAUCCUGAUAUACCAGACCACAAACCCAGCCAGAAAAGGGACAGUAGUUUAUGGAAGGGGAAGUCGUUAGCCACCCUGAACAGAAAACCUGGCUGUAUGAACCCUCUGCCUACACUGAGAUCCCACUCAGACCACCAUGUCCUGUUUAAAGUCCCUUACACAUACAACACUAAGUAUCCACCAAAACCACAUCCAGACCAGUACGUAGAUAAAUGGGACAGCCAUCAUGUCCGUAUACCCUGCUCACACCAGAGUGAAUUCCCUUGGAACAAUAAGAUAAGAAGGAGAUGGGAAAUAAUAGAGAGUGCCUUGAGAAAACCAAUGCCUGGACCACUGGAAUUAUCAGAAGCUAUCUGUAAAUACAACACAAGGCUGUCUGAGAAGAACUUCCAAAUGCUCUAUCACUUCUGUUUAGAUGAAAUGGAAAAUUCAGAAAGGAGAUACUUUUUUGAUGAGAUUUUACCAAAAAUGAUAAAGCUGGCCCUAAACUUACCAAAUCUGAUAACACAGCCCAUUCCUUUACUGAAGAGAGAGAGAAAUAAAAGCAUCACUAUGUCUCAGGAACAAAUCGCCUGUCUGCUGGCCAACGCAUUUUUCUGCACUUUCCCAAGAAGAAAUGCACGUGGAAAAUCAUCUGAAUAUUUCAAUUAUCCAACAAUCAAUUUUAGCAGCUUAUAUGAUGGAAAUCCUAAUUACCAGACAAUAAAGUUAGAGAAGUUGAAAUGCAUCUUCCAUUACUUUAAAAGAGUAACCACAAAGAUGCCAACAGGUGUAGUGACCUUCAAGCGACAGUGUGUGGAAAAUUUCCCAAAAUGGCAAAAUCUGGAGACAAAGCUUACUGACAUCCACGUGUCGGCCGAGGGAACCAUUGAAGAUGAUGGGGAUGGACUUUUACAGGUUGACUUUGCCAACAAGUACAUGGGGGGAGGGGUGUUAGGUAUGGGGGCAGUGCAGGAGGAGAUCCGAUUCCUUAUUUGUCCAGAGAUGAUCGUAACUCGACUAUUUACAGAAUGUCUGGAGAAAAAUGAAAGUAUUCUCAUGAUGGGUUGUGAAAGAUUCAGUAACUAUGCAGGGUAUGCGGGCAAAUUUAAAUGGUCAGGUGAUUUUGUGGAUAAAACAGAAAGAGAUGACUGGGGCCGAUUGUGCACUGAUGUUGUAGCCAUAGAUGCUUUGAUAAUCAGAGAACACAGUCACCAGUUCAAGACUGGAUCAGUCAUCAGAGAACUCAACAAAGCAUACAGUGGGUUUUAUGUACCCACUCACCAUCCAGGGGCCUGUGUCCCCCUCCCAGCAGUCUGCACAGGAAACUGGGGGUGUGGAGCUUUUGGGGGAGACAAAAGAUUAAAAGCCCUGAUCCAAAUAAUGGCCGCUACCAUGGCCAAGAGGGAAGUUUGUUAUUACACGUUUGAUGACAAGGUGUUAAGAGAUGAAUUGUCUGACAUACACACAUACCUCACAAAAACCAACAUUCUAGGAAUUGGAAAUAUCUUGACACUGAUUGAACAAUAUGGUAAGAAGAUCUCGGGGUCAAAAAAGACACAGAAAUCUAUGAACCUGUUUCAGUACAUACCGCGAGUGUUUGACGGAACCCUGGAGAACACGGACAGUGAACCAGACAGCCCAUCCAUUCAACUGUCAGACAGUCUGGAAAUGCAACACGAACAUUGUAUGGCUGACGAAGUCAUGAACGAUGAACAGUCCAAUCACGGUGGACAUUCCAAAUUACAGAAAUCAGAGUCAAUUGACUAUAAAGCCAAUACUCCUUGACCUGGAAGUCCAACUUAUUUGUUGUUAGUACAUAAAGUAUAUGUGGAGUUACAUUUAUAAGAUGAAACUACAAAGCAGAUAAUUUAUAAUUUUGUCGUAGUUGUAGACUUAGAUUAUCUUCUUUCAUAAGGGCAGCAGAUUCUGACAUUGAAGCAAAACUUAUGAAACAAACUCAGUUUGGGAACCAGUUAAAUUACAUACAUUGCUUAUUAGGCCAGAAAGAAUUAAUUUUUAGGUUCUCAUUUCCUGAAUUAAAAAAAAAAUUAGUCAGUAUAAUAAAAAAGUUAUUCGGUAAAUCAU